CGCCCCAACUUGCGGGGCACCCUUUUUGCAAACUACGCGACGAGAAAAACUCAAAAUCGUAUCGUGUCGCGAACUGAGAGCAACGGCGGAAGAGUGUUGUCCAUUGCCUACAUAUUUUUCAUUGCCAGUGUUUAGUGCAUCCGAACAGAACAUUCCGAAGCGAAAAACGGUGCAAAUUGAUGCCACUUGACGAGGUACUUCCGGUGGCUUAAAAGGUUCCUGACUAAAGUGUGUUUUUUGGUGAGAAAUUUGUACUUUAGAGGGAGACUACGGGCGGUCGUGUGUUUUUCACAAAAGAAAGAGCCCCGCUAAAACACGUUCAACUUUGGCCAUAGCUGUCAUUAUACAGUACCGCAGGAGAAACGCGUGAAAGAAAGACGGCCAAACGAGAAUAUUGAAUAUCGAAAGACAACAACUUUGAUGACGAUAACAUUGUUAUUCGGGGGACUUGUGUGCUGGUGACCUGCUGCUACGUACUUCUCGAAGAACUUAGUUCUUGCUACGCUCGUAGUGUACUUACAUACAUACCUAAUCUUCCUAUCUACGUACGAGGACGGGAAGAUUGUUACGCGAAGUGCUGUGGUGCUGUUAAAAAUAAGCUUCCUGAUCCCGUGGUUCAAUACCAGAGCAAAAAGAGAAGCGAACACAAGUGGUGGCAAGUAAGGCGAAAAAGAAAAUUGCAUCGUCGUCGUUGCCGUUUCGUGGUCGUGGCCAUCGGUAUACGUAAUCUCGUAACAAUCCAUCAGAGUAUAGUGAGUGAAAAGGGAAGUAAAAAGUUCGAGUACAGUAGAAACCGCCACAGAAGAACCAGGGAGUGCGAAAAACAACAAAGUUGAGCUUCCCCCUGCGUCACACACUGCUGCCGGGUAACUUGUGUAUCGGAAUUGGGAAGGAUUCGCCAUCAACUACAACAGUGGAAUACGUAUUUUGAACAGAUUAAGAUUCGCGGUAUCGGGCAGUAGAGGAACCCAAUUUUCGUGAAGGUGUGACAUUUGUGUUGCGUACACCGCGGUCGUCUGAUUCAAUGGUAUUAGCGGUGUGAAUUCCGAACAGCAAGGUUUUGAACAACUCACAAUCUGCGAGAUGGGUGCGUUCCUGGAGAAACCGAUGACGGCCAAGCACAACGAGCAUGGCGAAGGCAACGGACUCCGUUUCGGUGUAGGAUCCAUGCAGGGAUGGCGCUGUGAAAUGGAAGAUGCACACUACGCUAAAACUGGAUUAGGCGAAGGAUUGGACGAUUGGAAUUAUUUUGCCGUGUUCGACGGACAUGCGGGUCACAAAGUGGCAGAUCAUUGUGCGAAGAAUCUGCUCCAAUCGAUCGUUCGGACACAGGAAUUUAGCAAUAACGAUAUCACAAAAGGUAUUCACUCUGGGUUCCUCAAAUUAGACGAAUCCAUGCGAGACAUUCCGGAGCUGGCAUCCGGAGCGGAUAAAUCUGGCACCACGGCGGUAUGUGCGUUCAUUUCCAGCCAAAACGUUUAUAUAGGAAAUUGUGGUGAUUCACGGGCAAUCCUCUGUCGCAACUGUUCACCGAUAUUCUCAACCCAAGAUCACAAACCGAUACUCCCGGGUGAAAAGCAGCGAAUCCAGAAUGCCGGAGGGUCCGUCAUGAUCCAGAGGGUAAACGGAAGUCUCGCAGUGUCACGAGCGUUAGGUGAUUACGAUUAUAAAAAUGCCAAGGAUUUAGGCCAGUGUGAACAGCUGGUAUCCCCCGAGCCUGAAAUUUUCUGCCAAGAUCGGGAUCCAGCGGAUGAGUUUCUGGUGCUUGCCUGCGACGGUGUGUGGGAUGUGAUGAGUAAUGCCAACAUCUGCCAGUUUGUGCACAGCCGAAUGCAGAUCACCGAUAGCUUGGAAGACAUCGCCAACCAGGUCAUCGACACGUGUCUGCACAAAGGCAGUCGCGACAAUAUGAGCAUAAUCAUUAUUGCAUUCCCCGGUGCUCCAGUGCCCAACGAAGACGCUAUCAAAAAAGAAGAAAAGUUGGAAGCGGCACUGCGCAAGAAGAUCGAGGAGAUGAUCACCGAAAUGGGCCCCAACGUGGAGUACGGUUUGCUGUUGAAGCGAUUGAGCGAGGAACACAUCCCGGACUUGCCACCGGGCGGUGGGCUCGAUGCCAAGUGUUCAUUCGUGUCGAAGGUGUUCAAGGAGCUGUGCCCGAAACUGGCGGACACUUGCGAGAUUGGACCAGAAAAUCAUCCAUCGGCCGAUGCAGUGUCGCUGAUUCCAGAGUUAUACGAGGAAGAAGAUUAAAACGCUGUCUGUAAUUGAACCGUUCCAUUUAUGACUUCAACACUUAACUACCUAUACUCUAAAAAUGAACAAGCAGCCAAAAACCGCCAAUAUUUCUACAUAUUCAUUAUUGUCAGCAGAAAUUUGCAAAUAAAGACGGAAUAUAGCUACAGCCUGAAACAUUUAGCUUGUUCAUAUGAGAAAUUUCAAAUGCAGAAACAAAAAUAUAAAAGUAACAAAACACGAUUAAAGGUAUUUUGAAAUUAAGCUGAUUGAGAAAACACCGCAACAGCAGAACAUUUUUUGAAAAUACAACAAUUUACAUUUUUUUUGUGUAAAGGGAUAUUAAAUUUUAAGGACUUAACAUCCACCCACAUCCUUUCUACACGUUAGCUGUUCAGGAAUUAAAUUAGAAAGGAAGAGUAUGAUUAGCAUGGUGAGAUUGACAAAAAUACAUGAGAGAACUAAAGAAAAAAAUAUCAGUAAAGAAAAUAAAAUCAAACGGAAGAAUUAGUUAAAACAAGCGAAGAUGCGGUGUUUUGAUCUUCUAUUAAAAAAAACAGAAUCGAAAAAGGAAACUGAUAUUUGAUACCCGCCUACCGUCUAGCCAUCUAAACACACCAUAUUCCGUUUAUGUCCGCGAUACGCAAACGUAUCUCAUUUGUGCGGCCUCUAACUCUCAGGUAAUAUUACCUGAACGUUCCAACGAAGUUAAUUUCCUGGUUCGUCACGAGCGGAUUGCUUUAUAAGUAUCUGCUCGGAGGAACGAAUAGAGAGAGAAUCGUAGAAUUAGGUAUUUUCCCUUCGAUAUUUUUUCGAUGCUUUUGUUGUUAGGUUUAAUUCAGAGUAAAGUUACGUAAUAGUUUAUACCUCGAUUUACCUACUUAAUGUAAACGUUCGCGCGGAGUAAUGGUGGAAUUAAGCAUACAAAAGAACAGAAAACCAUACAAGAAAUAAUAUGUAGCUAAAUGAGAUUUGAAUGCCUGAUAUUUGCUUGGGAAUAAACCAUUAUAUCGUCUGCAUACACUCCAUACAUAUUAUAUAGACUAAUUUGUUCUACGGAAAAAACGUAUAUAAAUUAUAAAUAUCUAUGCAAAACUGCAGAGAAAAUUAUCGGAAAUCGUUUAAUUUUAGUGAGGAGAUCACUUUUACAAUUUUGCGAACACUAAAAGCAGCUGAGGUGCGUAGGCAGAGUGUUGUGAAUCGUUCAUCAUUGUCUUGGUACUCACAAUGAAGAACAAAAAAAAAAUAGAUGGAAAGAAUAAGCCACACGAAAUAUAUAUAGAAUGUGUGUGCGAUAUUCCUCAUUGAUAAACACAGCCCAUUUCCAAUAUCGAGAAACCAACAAUAUGUAAGAAUCUGGUAUUUAUUAUUGAAAAGCAAACACUUGUAAAUGGACAAUUUGAACAAAAAUAGAGUUGGUGUUUUAUUAUUA